AUGGCAAUUCUAUUCCUACUGGCCUCCAUCUUCGGAGCGCUGGUUCUCUACAUCUUCGGAGUGAUCGUUUACCGCCUGACUUUCCAUCCUCUUGCAUCAUACCCAGGCCCUUUCCUGGCAAAGAUCACAGAUAUCUAUCUGGCGUACUACGCCUACAAGGGCUCUCGGCAUCUCGCUUUCCACCGCGCGCACGAGCAAUAUGGACCGUACGUCCGUCUUGGACCGAAUCUACUUUCUGUCAACACCGCCACUGGUCUAAAGACCAUCUAUGGAUUCCGAUCAAACGUCAAGAAGGCGUCGUUCUACGAAGCGUUCCCCAGCACACCCAAAGCGGUCAGCGUGCAUAGUUCUAUCGACAAGAUGCAGCAUGCACGCAAGAGACGUGUGAUGAGCCACGCUUUCAGCGACUCGGCCAUCAAGAGUCUCGAGAAGUACAUCCUGGCAAAUGUACGUGUUGGCUGCGAAUUGCUUGGACGCAAGAGCAACAACUGGUCUGCCGAGAAGAGCCUCGCCGAUGAGAAAGAUGGUGGCUGGAACGACGCUUGGAACGCUGCGCAUUGGUGCGAGUGGCUCGUAUUCGACAUCAUGGGUGAUUUAGUAUUCGGCAAGGCUUUUGGCAUGUUGGAAAGCCCUACCAAUCGUUUCGCAACUCAGCUGGUUGGCAACGCGGCACACCGACAUCUCAUCUGCGGAACGCACCUUACCAUCCACAACUGGCACCUGGACAAGCUCUUCUUCCGCAAGAUUGCAGGCCAGCGGGCGCAGUACAUGCAGUACAGCAAGGGCCAGGCUAUGGAGCGAACGAAGUUGGGCGUCGACGUUGAUCGUAAAGAUUUCUUCUACUACCUGCUCAACGCGAAGGACCCAGAAACCGGCAAGGGCUUCAGCAUGGACGAGCUUUGGGGCGAAUCAAACUUGCUGAUCAUCGCUGGUUCCGAUACAACUUCCACGGCUAUGGCUGGCGCCUUCUUCUAUCUCGCACACAACCCCGCAGCGAUGCAGAAAGUCUGCAAAGAGAUCCGCGAAACAUUCAAUGAUGUUGAGGAAAUCGUAACCGGACCCAAGCUCAGCGGCUGCUCAUUCCUACGCGCUUGCAUUGACGAGACCAUGCGCAUGACACCCCCAGUCGCCGGUGCUCUUCCCCGGGAAGUCCUUGCCGGUGGUCUGGAUAUCGAUGGUCGCCACAUUCCUGCCGGAUGCGACGUCGGCGUCCCAAUCUACGCCAUUCACCACAACGCCGACUACUUCCCUCAACCGUUCGACUACAUUCCUGAGCGAUGGCUAUCUGAUCCAUCCGCGAACCCGCUUCAUAGCAGUCUCCAGGCAGCGCAGUCGGCGUACAACCCCUUCAGCAUCGGUCCUCGUGGAUGCAUUGGCAAGGGUCUCGCGUAUGUUGAGCUGUCGGUAACGAUUGCCAGGGUACUUUAUCUGUAUGAUCUGAGACUGGCGCCGGGCACGACGUUGGGUGCUGGAAGCAAAGACUUGGAAGUCGGUAGGACAAGGGCGUCUGAAUAUCAGAUCCAGGACGUCUUUGCGAGCAAGAAAGACGGGCCAGUCUUACAGUUUAGGGCUAGAUGA